GUUCAGUACAUGAAUAUUUAUAUGGCUAUCCUACUUUUUGUUUCUGAUUACAAAACACACGAUUCACCGAGUGAAAUAUACAAAUAACAUUGGAUUAAAAUAUAUUUAUCAGAUCAGUGUUUGAGAAAUUAUUUACUGCGGACGGAGGCUUACCACAUUCCCAGAGGUACGUCAUCAAAAGCUUAGACAAUUUAAACGUAGCACAGACGUUGUGUGGUGCUGUUUUCAGGGAGAAGGUAAAAAACAUGUGCAGCACAAAAGCCCGGUGAGAUGCGUGGAAAAUAAUUGAUUGUGAGGGUCGAUAAAGGAAACACGAUUUGAAAAAAAACAUUAACAACUAAAAAGAAGCAAAGCAUCUCAGAAAAAUGACUGCAUUUUUGCCACCAAAUCUACUCGCACUUUUCGCCGCUAGAGACCCAAUAACAUAUCUACCACCGGCUGACAAACAAAGCCACGAGAAGAGAAGAGUGCCUUAUGGCGGAGUGGCAGUAUUUCUUAACGAGUUUGAGGACCCCAAAGACACACCACCACCAACACGAGUGGAGACUAAGGAUGAACGGAAAGAAAGGAAGAGGAAAGAGAGGGCUGAACAGAUUGCGUACAAGCUAGAACAAGACCUGGCUUUGUGGGAUCCAAACAACAACCCAGUAUGCACAAACGACCCAUACAAGACCCUGUUUGUUGCUAGAAUUAAUUUCGACACAAGCGAAUCCAAACUGAGAAGAGAAUUUGAAGUAUAUGGACCCAUUAGAAAAAUCUCCAUGCUUACAGAUAAAAUAACAGGAAAGCCACGUGGUUAUGCCUUCAUAGAGUACGAACAUGAACGUGACAUGCAUUCUGCCUACAAGCAUGCAGAUGGAAAGAAAAUUGAUGGACGACGUGUACUUGUCGACGUGGAGCGAGGGCGGACAGUGAAAGGAUGGCAGCCUAGACGCUUGGGUGGAGGUCUCGGUGGUACCAGAAAGGGUGGACCUGAUGAGAACACCAGAUUUUCUGGACGAGAUGAAUACAGAGAACGUGACAGUUCACGAGAGAGAGGAGGUGGAGACAGGAGAGGACGGCCCAGGAGCAGAUCCAGGGAGAGGCGUCCUCGUUCUCGCAGUCGGGAACGCGAGACUGCAAGGAGGAGAAGCAGAAGCAGGGAACAUAGGCGAGGCAUGGAUGAAGAAGAAGACAGGAGCAGGAAGAGGGGAAGAAGAAGUAGGUCUCGAGACCGCAAACAGAGGAGCAGGUCACGUGACAGGGAUCGCAAACGCUCGCGUCGUAGUAGGAGUCGAGAUCGCGGUGACCGCCGCCGUGACAGACAAGAAGGCCAGCCAGAUGAAGUCCUGCAGGAUAUGCCCCUUGAUUUUGAUGGAAAGAUUCACAUAAAACAAGAGGAUCAGAAUAAGGGUUACCCUGAUGAGGAACCCAACGGGUUCCCCCGGGAAUUCCGAGAGGAUGCUGAAGGGAGGCAGCCACCACAGUUCCCGCCACAAGAAGAGAGACCCCCAGAGGACAGGUUACAGGAAGAGCAGGCAUACCAACAGUGAGGAACAGCUAGCAGAUGAUGAAACAAAUUGAAAUUACACUUCUUUUGUUAUAUCCAUUCGGAUCAAAGCACUUACAUUUUGUGGAGACUUUGUCUUGUUACAGCUUAGACAGUUAAUAUGCUUGAUAUCACCUAAGUAUUGUUUAGGGGAGUUAGUCCUUGUUUAUUGGUGAACUCUUUACCUGUACAUUCUGCAAGUUUUAAAGAGAUUAUUUGGAGUGGUUGUUGUAUUGUGAUUAGUAGCAUUGGUGUGUACACUAUCCUGAAACACAUGCUAAAACAUUACAAUUUGGGAUAUGUGCUUAAUGAGGCUUUUUAGACUUUUUAUAUCCAAUUUUAAUUUUUCAGAAGAACAGUUUGAAAUUUUUCAACUCAAUGUGACCAACACUUGUAAGGGAUAAAUCUGAAUCGCAACCAUAGACACUUUUACUAUGUGUGUUUACAUACAUUUGAAAUAUUUUGCAUGUCUCGGUUUCCUUGGUAACAGAAUUUAGAUUUUAUAUAUAUAGAAAAACUAUAAUAUUGACAUUUAAGCUACUGCAUUAAUUAAUGACAGUUUAGCGUCAAUUAAUGAAUUUCAAUUAUUGCACUUUUGGUCUGACAAUCUGCCCAGGAAAGUCCAGAGUGAGAGGGCUUGAAUUGUUUGUAAUCAAAAUAAACUUUGAUCAGCUCAUCAUCAAUCCACACCACAGAGCUUCUGUAAAGGUUUCCACAUCUUUCAUUUAGGUCUGUUAUAAAGGAACAUGUUGAGAUUUGGGUAAAUGAUGGAAAUUGGUUAAGAAACUGACUUAAUUAAGGGUAAAAAGGAUUGGAAAUUUUAAGAUCUUUUUUGUAAGGAAGAAGGAGUAAAAUUUGAAAGCUAGGAAUGAGUUUGAUAGGGCAACAUGAUUUCAAAGCAAUGUUGAGAAAGAAAUCAAAUCUGUAGCUCUGUGUCAGGCUACUCAAAGUUGUACUUUAUAGUAUAGGGAAGGAUUCAGCUAUCGAGGAUAGUGUCCAGUCUGUUAUGUUUUACCAUUGUUUAUAAAUAUAAUAUGUUAUGCAAUAGAUGAUUUUCAAUCAUCCUGUCUUGGUAUAUAUAUUGUCACAAUCAUUUUCAUCAUUAUUACAUUUGUGCUGUAGUCUGUGUCUAUAACAUUGUCAUCAAUCACUGUCAUACACAUCAGCUGACACAUGCUUUGUAUGUACUGCAAGCUAGACAGUAAAUGCUCUUAGUGUAAUUUUGCUGUACAGUGAACACCGUAAAAUGCUGCCGGGGUGAUGUUAAUAAAAAAACAUUGUGUGACGUUAUACCGUAUCACUUAGUCCCCCAGACUAGUGUGAGAUUUUAUUCUAGAUAUGUGGCAUGUUAAUGUCUCCUGGGAUAAGCCUUCUAAUAGAUGUUAUAUCAUGUAUCAUACGCUAUGACCUCAUUAGCUUGCCUCAUUUCCAUGAAGUUUCGGCUACAUCUCUGUAAUCAUGUUUAGUCAUUCAUUUAACCACACAAAGCCCACUGGAUCAGAGUUAUGCAGGGGUUUUAGAUAAAGAGCCAUUCGUGUCAACUGGUACCAGUUGAUAUGGUUUGCUAUUGAGUCGUAGGAAUAUAUUGGAGGAAACCGAUGUGAUUAGGGCUCCAAUUUAAAAUUGUAGCAAAUUGAGGUCAUUUGAACAUUCUAAAUUAUUGUAUUGUCAAGUGGUGAAUAAAGUUGUUCCUGUA